AUGAGUACUGGGUCGGUGGAGACGGUCACGGAGAAGGUGUAAGUCUGAUUUGGCCUUUUGUUGCUUCGUGGUUUAGGAACACAGGAAUAAUCGAAACAAUAUUACGUUAGCCAACUAAAAUAUGGGUUUCUAAAUUUUUGGUGUUGGUAUAAGAUAAUCACUAUAAUUUUAGAUCUUCUAGUAGUAUUCUAUGGCUUAUUUUACCUCUGAGAUCUGAAAUUUUUGCUGAAAUCUUACUUUACCUAUCUUAAAAUUAAGCAUCUAUCAUCUCCAACAUGGAAAAUAUAAAUUCUGUUCGUUUAGGUCUUUGCCGUCAAACGGCACUCUUCGCUCCUUCACCGUGGGUCGCAACGUGCUUCUUCUGGCUUCGGAUGACGAGAAACGCGACCGUGACUCCGACAAAUCCAAUUCCAAAGUGCUUUGCGAGUACAAAUGGGAUCCCAAGACCGUCUACGAUGGUCGUAUUCUCAGCGCGAGACAGAAGUUGGUGGCCUACAGACUGUUCAACGAGCAGACCGGCGAAGCUAUCCGCGUAAUGGAGAGAGAGUCGCGUGCCAGACAUCUGAUCAAGGACUUCAGACAGCCGGUUGUGGAUAUUCUGUUUGCCGAUCAUGCCGGAUAUUUGGCAGUGUUGGACAAGAAUGCUAACUUAUAUAUUUAUCAUGUCUCAGAUGAUGGGAAUGAACUGUAAGUCGUUUGGAUUCGUUUUUAUUGGCUUUUAGGCUUUCGUAGGCACAAAAAUCACCUUUUUUAUAUUGAUUUGGACAUCAAGGUGUCCGAUUCUGGAAUUUUGCCGAAAAAAUUAUAUCUUUGCAGUAAGCGCGAUUGUAAAUCACCUUUAUCUAUUAAUUAAAGGCAUGAUUCUUCUAUUUAAGCCAUAAAAUCGGCACUUUUUUGAUUGUAACAUCAAAAAUUUUGAUUCUAGAAAAAUUUCACCACACCUUCCCUAAAAUAAUAUAAUUUCUUUCAGAACAAAAUACCUAAACAUAAUCAGACCAAAUCACUUCGAAGCACCCAACCCAAAGAUUGUCUGGUGCACCUACAUGGAAGACGAAACCGUCUCCACGCACGUUCUGGCCGUAUAUUACAACAAAACGGUGGAGAUCUUCUUUCUUCAUGCCAUCAAGAAAGAAUUCGGUCUUCUUGAGGUCAAAAUCGAGGAGUUGGAUGUGAAUUCGGAGUGCUUCAUCCAAAUCCAAACCGAAUCCAACAUAUCAGCGGUGCGGAUUUCGCCGGACGCCACGGCUUGCGCGGUGACCACAACUUCAGGGGAAUUUAUUUUUUAUAUUUUGGAGAAUCACCAGGGCAGAGAGGCUCACAAUUUGCAUCCGUUGAAGGUAAGGACCUCAAAAAAUGGGGUGAUUUUAUAGGAUGGUUCAAUUUCGAAAAAAUCAAAAAUUCCAAAUAUUUCCAAAGCGAGAUUUUUUUCAUCAGAGAAAAAAAUCAAUUGCAUGUACAGGGAAGUUCAGCCGAAGCUUCCAUCCUUAUUUCAAGUAUUUCUCCGCCAAUAAUGCAACAAUUUCCAUAAAAUUUACAUCAAAUUGAAGCUGAGGUACCCUAUUUUUUGUUCACCUAAUAUGACGUGCCCAAGUUUACGGAGGCUCCCGUACUGAUCUUUGACAUUUUCAUUCCAAAUUUUGGAGCCCCAAAUCGGUGAAACUUGGAAAAAUUUUCUAAGUUUCGCCGAUUUCGGGCUGCAAAAUUUGGAGUGAAAAUGCCAAGGAUCAGUACGGAGGCCUCCGUAAACUUGGGCACGUCAUAUUUGGUGGACAAAAAAUAGGGUACCUCAGCUUCAAUUUGAUACAAAUUUUAUAGAAAUUGGUGCAUUAUUGGCGGAGAAAUACCUGAAAUAAGGAUGGAAGCUUCGACUGAACCACCCUGUAUAUUCAAUUGAUUUUUUCGAAAUUUUUUGACCCAAAAAUGAUGUUUAUAGAAUCUCUACGUCAAUGACAUGCUCUUCCUCGACAAUCUGCAACGAAACGGCAACAAUUCGGACGGUCCAUAUUGGAAAUAUGUGGUUCUGAUCAGCGACAAUGGAAGAAGACUGGGGAUUUAUUCGUGUUAUAACUGGGAAUGCGUGGGGAAGUUGCGAUUCGAGUCGGGAACAUCCAAACUGGACGCCACAAUCGACCCAACAGCGAGAUUCAUCUAUCUGGCGGAUUAUGAAACCUCGGUAGGCUAGUACAAUAUAAAUUUUUGUGAAAUUUAGGUUUUUUUUGAGUGAUUAGAAGGAUUGAGGUGAAUAAUAGAAGAUUUGAGUAGAUUAAGCGAAGUUGAAUAUAGUUUGAUGUCAGUUUUUGACCUUAUAUUACUUUAGAACCUCUUCGUUCUGGAACUCGCUCCCGCCUUCCCAGGAAUUCAGCCGUACUUUGUGGCCUGCUCACAAAUCUCCUUCCAUCAACAGAUAAUUUGUGUCGCACCGUGUGGCUUGGAGGAUGAUGUCAGCGCGGAAACGGGUAAGAUUUUGGAUUAACGCAUUUUUGGCGUUAGAACGACAGAAAAUUAUAAAUUUUUAUUGUUUUCGCAAGUAUGAUGCAAUGAAUAUGAGGUGCAAAGGUUGGUAGAUGCCCUCAUCUAAAGCGACGCGCAAAAAAUUUUUGUGUUUUGCGGGUUGCAGCUUGAUUAUCCACGGAUUUUCCGGAAAUUUUUGCGAUUUUUACAAAAAUGUCUGGAAUUCUGGGGUUUGGAAGAGAAAUUAGUCAUCCGUUUGGCGGUGGACGAGACAGAUGAAUGCGGAAAAGCGAAUUUCGCAGUGUUUGGGAUUGGAAUUCGGAGGAUUUGAAACGAGCCUUACCUGAAUUUUUCAGAAGACCUUCUCCUCGACGACGAAAGCUUCAAGGCCUCCAAAGUGUGCGCCACAUUCGCCGCAAUCACCAACCGAUCCCUGGUGGAGAUCAAGGUGGAAGUGGAGAAGGCGCUCGACAUUGCCCUGAACGAGGAUCCGGAGACCGGCGCCCGCAUCAUCGGCGAGAAGCUGGCCGAGCAAACGAAACAACUCAUGCUCUCCAGCCAACGGCUCCGCACCAGCUCCGCCGCCUCGAACGAGGUCCGCAGCCCCCGUGAUGAGACCCUCCCCAGCUUCAACAGCAGCGCCGACCCCGCCGUCCACACGGAGCUAAGACAGUUGCGAAAGUUGCUCCAAGCCAUCACCGAAAAGAACAAUUCGACCGAGAAACGCCUGAAUGAUAUGAACAUUCAGUUGGAAAAGGUCCACAAAGACAAUGCGGACCUGCGCCGAGAACAGACCGACAACUUGGCGGAUGUGCUGGAGAAAAUUUGUAGGUUCUGGGAUGGUAGAUGAAUGUGUGAAUUUGACAAGCAAAUACUUUUAUGGGUAUGGAGUGACAGGUCGAGACAUGUAUCAAAAAAUUGCAAAAUCUUUUUGAUUCAGAAUGUGUAAAAAUUAACUGCCCAAUUUUGGUUUGUAAGGAUGAAAAAACCGUCAGAAAUUUCUCGCAGCACCACGCAAAUGCCUUUUUGAUCAAGUUUUUACCAAUUCAAAAGCUUUGUUUUGAGCUAAAGUGAACCCUGACAAGCCUUAAAAUAUCAAAUUUGCUUAAUACUACACCUUAAUAGUAGUUCCAAUGUAAAAAAGUUGCAUUGUAGUAUUAAUCAAAUUUGGUAUUUUAACGCUUGUCAAGAUGCCAGGGUUUACUUUAGCUCCAAACAAAGCUUUUGAAUUGGUAAAAACUUGGUCAAAAAGGCGUUUGCGUGGUGUUGCGAGGAAAGUUCUGGGGGGGUUUUUUGUCCUUACAAACCAAAAUUAGGCAGCCAAUUCUUGCAUAUUCUGAAUCAGGAAAAUUUUGCGGUUUUUUGAUACAUAUCUCGACCUCUAACUCCAUACCCCAUAGAAGCACUUUCCUUGUAAAAAAAUGGUUUUUGAGAUGGAUGAUUAAGCGUUUUUGGUAGAGAUAAGGGUUUAUUGGCCCCUCGGCUUCAUUGCUAGGGCUCUGAGACAACGUCGGAACAGGUCGUUUGGUGGUUUUUUGAUUUUUUUGUUGAAAGUUCGAGUCCAGAUGGAGAAAAAGUUUUAUUUUUGUGGAAAAUAUCUUUUUUUGCUGUGAAAUUGAUAUAGAUAUGGGUUUAGUGACCCUUGGAAUUUACUACUACGGUUGUGGCGCCAUAGCGCAGCUGGUUAUUAGAUGGUUUUUUGAUUUUUUUUUUGAAAGUUUCGAGUCCAAUUGGACGAAAAUUUUAUUUUUCGAAGAAGAUAACCCUUUUGAUCCUAAAAAAUUUCAGCGAAUGAGAUGCGAACCCGCGACGAGCACAUCGAACACACCGUGAAACGCAUGAACACCGACCUCCGAGUGGACGUGCAACGGAUCGUGGAACAGACCCUGAACGAUAACGCCGUCUCGCUGCAGUCGACCAUGGAAAUGUCGAACACGAGAGUGGUGGAGACGGUGAAGUCGGUCCUCUCGCAGCUGUUGGUGCCAGCCGUGGAACAGAUUUGCAGCCAGCUGCUCCAUCAGCUGAAUGAAAAGUUCCGGGAUGGGCUCCAGGAAUUCAUCGAGCAAGUACAGCGCACCCAGUCGCAUGCAGUCACUCCAAUCGUACCGGAUUACAACGUCCUAACCCGAAUGAUCGAACAAAAUCAAGUCAUCAAGGCGUUUGAAUUUGUAAGAAAGUUUUGAAUUUUUUUUGGGAUUGCUUUGAUUUUACAACGAAAGAACUUCAAUGAGGUAUGGAGUUACAGGUCGAGACAUAUAUCAAAAAAAUCGCAAAAUUUUUGUGAUUCGGAAUAUGUAAAAAUUAGCUGCCCAAUUUUGGUUUGUAAGGACGAAAAACCCCUCAGAACUUUUCUCGCAACACCACGCAAAUGCCUUUUUGACCAAGUUUUUACUAAUUCAAAAGCUUUGUUUCCAGCUAAAGUAAACCCUGGCAUCAAUUAUAGACAAGCCUUAAAAUCUCAAAUUUGAUUAAUACUACACCUUAAUUAACAGUUCCAAUGUAAAAAAGGGCAUUGUAGUACUAAUCAAGUUUGAUAUUUUAAGGCUUGUCAGGAUGGCAGGGUUUACUUUAGCUCAAAACAAAACUUUUGAAUUUGUAAAAACUUGCUCAAAUAGGCAUUUGCGUGGUGUUGCGAGGAAAGUUCUGAGGGGUUUUUCGCCUGACAGACCAAAAUUCGGCAGCUAGUUUUUAGAUAUUCUGAAUCAGAAAAAUUUUUCGGUUUUUUUGAUGUAUCUCUCGACCUGUAACUCCAUACCCCAUAGAAGCACUUUCCUCGCCAAAAAAAUUUUUGAUGACUUUUUUUUUGAUAAAUGAUGAGGUUCUAGGUGACCAGCCGCAACGACUACGCCGGCAUCAUGUUCCUUUGCAACAAAUUGAACCCCGAGACCUUGUUCACGGACUCCAAGCUGAUAUUCCCACCGAAUGUGCUGCUCAGCCUGGUGCAAAACCUCGGCCAAAGACUCGAAGAGGAGACGGAUGUGAAAUUAAACUACCUGGAAAAUAUUGCGGUCAGCCUGGAGGACAGCCCGGUCGUCAAGUUCGACAUGUUCAAGGUGACGCUGGAACAGUGCAGCGCCGAUUUGGUGGAGUUUAUCUCGCGCGAAGGGAACGCCAAACAUAAACGACAGGGCCGCGUCAUAAGCCAGCUCAUCCUCUACGCCCUAAAGAAGUAG